AUGAGUUGGACAGAGUCUACUGUCUUGAUUUUCGAGCAAUCAUUCAAAGGUUUAAUGUGCUAUAUCAUUGCUGUUUACAAUCUCACAAUGGAAGAUCAUGCAAAUUCCUCUGUACUUCAAGCAAUCGAAGAAUCCAGAAUUUCUGUCAUCGUUUUCUCAAGUAAUUUUGAUGCUUCAACAUGGUUUUUUCAAGAAAUGGGGAAGAUAUUCGAGUGUCGUAAAACCAUAGAGCAAAGGUUUGUGCCUUUGUUCUAUAAUGUUGAUCCUUCCUAUGUACGCUAUCGGAAAGGAAUGUUUGGAGAGGCUUUUGAAGAUCUUAUUGCACGAAGCAUCUUGACGAAAGACGAGUCAAUCUGUUAUAGAAAAGCGCUCAUUGAAGCUGCCGAUGUUAAAGGAUUUUCCGUCAUGAGUUCCAGGUGA